AAUUUCAUCCACCUGCUACUUUCAUUUCUCUCUCUCUCCACCCCUUCAACAUACACAACUCUCUGUUCUCCCGAUAAACCAUCAAAAUUCACCCACUUUGUCGGUGAAAUUCAUCUGUUUUCCCGAUAAACUUUCAUCUUUCAUUCUCAAUUUCUCUCAAAGAAUCUAAAAUCGAUCUCAACUGAUUCAAAUUCCAUAAUCCUACGUUUCAAAUCCUCUGUUUCUUUCACAAUUCGAUUUAAACAAUUAGGGUUUCUACUUUCUAGUUCUGUUGUUCUCAAUUAUCAAAUUCUCUCAAUUCGAGUUUACUAGAUUCCUGCCGGUUUAUCAAAUUCUCCCAAUUUCAGCGGUUUGAUUCGUAAGAUACAGAAUGUGUAUAAAUUAGGUUAUUUUGAUCAAUUGAAGUUCUGCUUCUGUUUCUGUUUCUGUUUCUGUUUCAUCCGAUCGAUCAUACAGUGGCUGCAAGUGUUAAAUUUAUUGCAUGCUUUGGUGAGAACAGGUUGGUGUGAAACUGUGAAUCUAGGGUUUUUGUUUGUUGUGAAAAAGGGGUUUUUAUAAUGUUGAAACAGACGGUGAACUCGAAAAUGCCGAAUGUGAAAAGAUGUAAAUUGGAUGAAGUUGAUAGUGAAGAAACGGAAGAUGAUUAUCAUUCAGAUAUUGAAUUUGUUGCAAUUAAUAAUAAUAAUAAUGAUGAUGAUGAUGGGUUUUUGGAUUAUAAUAAUGCUGUUAAUAGUUGGCGCACUGGAGUUCCAUACAUACCUGGUGAAUUUGAAUUGAAGUUAAAUAUGUCUUCGAGUGGUCGGGUUGCGGCUCGGCCUUUGCGGUUUACUGAUUCGGGUACGGGGAGGAAGAAGAAGACGAAGAAGAAGAAGCGGGGGAAUCCGGGUUCGGAUAAGUUGGUGUCAAAGAGACAGUGUGUAGUGAGGAAUAAUGUUGAUAAAGUUGUGGAGAAUAAGAAGGGGUUUUAUAGAGUUGAGGAUUUUCUCAAGGGAGAUAUUGUUUGGGCCAAAUUCUCAAAUAAGUCCGCCGCUUGGCCCGCUAUUGUGAUUGACCCGAUCCACGAAGCGCCGAAAGCUGUAUUGAAGGCUUGUGUUGCGGGCGCGCUUUGUGUGAUGUUUUAUGGGUAUUCAAAGAGAGGUCAAAGGGAUUAUGGAUGGAUUAAGGAUGGGAUGAUAUUUCCGUUUUUGGACUACAUGGAAAGGUUAACGGGACAAACUAAAUUAUAUGGCUGCAAGCCCGAUGCUUUCCGUAAGGCAAUAGAAGAGGCGUACUUAGCCGAGAAUGGAUAUUUAAACUCAAGGUUUGUAGACAAGGAGGAAUGUUCUACAACGCCUGAUGUUGUUAAGAUUCCGGUUGAUAAUGUUUCUGAUCAGCUUCAGGAGUCAAGUCACCGUAGUAGUAAGAGUUCCCAUAACAAGAAGGAGAAACGAUCUUGUACCAGUUGUGGUUUGUUUUUUCGCAUGAAGAAAUCCAAAGGAAUAACAUCUCAACAGGACACUUUAUGUCAACAUUGUUCAAAGUUGCGGAAAUUUAAUCAAUAUUGUGGCAGUUGCGAUGGUUGUGAUAUAUGGAUACAUGCAGAGUGCGCCAAUGUUUCCAGCAAUGUUCUUAAGGAUCUUAAGAAGAUCAACUAUUACUCCCCAACAUGCAAAGGCGAAUCUAGCGUUGAGCAACCGGUUGUAAAUAAACCGAAACCAAAACACAGAUCUACUGAGAGUAGCGAUCAGAGUGUGUUGCCUGACAAAAUACGCGUCAUUUGUAAUGGCAUGGAAGGGAUUUAUUAUACUAAAUAUCACCAAGUCGAGUGUACGUGUGGUUCAUGUGGAACGAGAAAGCAAUCACUUGGUGAAUGGGAAAGACAUUCUGGUUCUAGAGCGAAAAAGUGGAAAGUCAGCAUUAGAGUCAAGGAUUCUAUGAUACCACUGGAGAAAAUGCUUACAGGGCAUAAUGUAAAUCCUGUUAAGGUUAAUUCAGCUGUAACUUUAGAUGAAAAAAAGUUGUUUUCAUUUCUACAAGAGAAAUAUGAGCCUGUUAAUCCACGAUGGACAACCGAAAGAUGUGCUAUUUGUAGAUGGGAAGAGGAUUACGAAUCAAACGCAAUUAUUAUCUGCAACAGAUGUCAGAUAGCCGUUCAUCAAGAAUGCUAUGGUGUUAGAGGUACCCAUGAUUUCACAUCUUGGAUUUGUAGAGCAUGCGAAACACCUGAGAUUGAGAGACAGUGUUGCCUCUGCCCAAUUAAAGGUGGUGCUCUGAAGCCAACUGAUAUAGACACUUUGUGGGUUCAUGUUAUCUGUGCAUGGCUCCGGCCUGAAGUUGCUUUUUCAAGUGUUGAAAAAAUGGAACCUGCAACUAGACUUCUUCACAUUCCACCUGAUUCUUUUAUGAAGGCAUGUGUCAUUUGCCAACAGGUUCAUGGUUCUUGCAUAAAGUGUUGCAAGUGCACUACUUACUUUCAUGCAAUGUGUGCUUCAAGAGCCGGGUACUGUGUGGAGCUGCAUUCAUCGGAGAAGAGUGGGAAAUAUAGCACCAAAUGGACUCCAUACUGUGCUGUCCACAAAACACCAGCAGAUACCGGCAUUGUCAUCAAGACAUCAUUAGAGGUAUUUUGUGCUAAGGGGUUUCUUGAAAAGCGGCAUCAGAAACAGCGUUUCAGGGCUUCAAGGAUCCUAUUGGGUAUGGAAAGGGAACUCUCUGGUUCAUCAAUGGUAGAGUAUGAUGAGCAUGAACCAAUAUCUGCUGCCAGGUGUCACGUUUACAAUAAAUCUCGUACCAAGGGAGAGAAGGAGGCACGGUUUCAUCGGCUAAUGGGGCCGAUCCAGCAUUCCAUAGAUGAGAUAGAUUGCUUAAAUACGCAAACAGAAACUGAAGAUUUAAGUAAUUUAUAUACGUUCAAGGAGAAACUUGCCCGUUUGCAGAGGACCGAGAAAACCCGUGUCUGUUUUGGCAGAUCUGGAAUACACGGGUGGGGCCUGUUUGCCCGUCGGAAGAUAUUAGAAGGAGAAAUGGUCCUUGAAUAUCGCGGUGAGCAGGUAAGGCGCAGUGUUGCGGACUUGAGGGAGAUACGGUAUCGAUCUGAAGGCAAGGAUUGUUAUCUCUUUAAGGUCAGCGAUAACCUUGUAAUCGACGCCACAAAUAAGGGGAAUAUAGCGCGAUUAAUCAACCAUUCGUGCAUGCCAAACUGCUAUGCAAGGAUUUUGAGCAUGGGUGCAAAUGAGAGCCGGAUAGUUCUAAUAGCCAAAACCGAUGUACCAGCUGGUGAUGAGUUAACGUAUGACUACAAAUUUGAUCAAGAUGAGCAGGAUGAACUUAAAGUCCCAUGCUUAUGUAGAGCCCCUAACUGUAGAUAUUUCAUGAAUUAGUUUCAUACCGACAACAUACCAGUUUUAUACAAAAGAGAGUAUACCCAUCUCUUGCCAUUGGAAGAGCUUACAAGUUCUUUUUUUUUUUUUUUUUUUUUUUGCUGUAUAUCUAACAGUCUUUCUCUUGUUUCUUUCUUUACAGCAUUGAAUAGUUUUUUUUGUUUAUAAAUUGUUUAGUUACCGGUUAUUGAGCUUCCCGCUUUUGCACA